AUGUGUGUCCUGCCCCUGAGUUGUUGGCUCGAGGACCCCACUGCAGAAAAGACCAGUGGGGAGCAGUUCUGUCUGGGGCCCAGGGCCCCGGGGGAGCCACUCUGCCCCUCGCGGAACUCCGGGUGGGGUCGCUGCCGGGCUGUGUUCCCGCACCCCUCCCCAGGCCUGAGCCCUGCAGCCCGCCUGCCCUCCAGCCCUCCCUGGCCGCCGUGGGGCCGCCUGGGCCCGUCUCCCCGACCACCCCCGGAUUUGGAGUCCUGUGGGGCCCCCACCACUGGCUGCUUUGAGUCGGGGGCAGACGCUUGCUUCCCUGAACUGGAAUCCUCUAGGGGAGAGAUCAUCUGA